GCCGCCAUUUUGACUGAGCAACCCUAGUGACAGGAGCCGAAGCAGCAGCGCAGGUUGUCCCCGUUUCCCCUCCCCCUUCCCUUCUCCGGUGGACUUCCCGGGUCCGCUACACUUCACAGUCCCGGUCCCGCCAUGUCCCAGAAACAGGAAGAGGAGAACCCUUCGGAGGAGACCGGCGAGGAGAAGCAGGACACUCAGGAGAAGGAAGGUAUUCUCCCUGAGAGAGCCGAGGAGGCAAAGCUAAAGGCCAAAUAUCCAAGCCUAGGACAAAAGCCUGGAGGCUCCGACUUCCUCAUGAAGAGACUCCAGAAAGGGCAAAAGUACUUUGACUCAGGAGACUACAACAUGGCCAAAGCCAAGAUGAAGAAUAAGCAGCUGCCAAGUGCAGGACCAGACAAGAACCUGGUGACCGGUGACCACAUCCCCACCCCACAGGAUCUGCCCCAGAGAAAGUCCUCACUCGUCACCAGCAAGCUUGCGGGUGGCCAAGUUGAAUGAUGCUGCCCGGGGCUCCCGCCAGAUCCUGAGACGCUGCCCCCCUGGGUCCUGUGCUGGCUCCUGCCCCUCCCUGCUUUUGCAGCCAGGGGUCAGGAGGUGGCUCGGGCGCGGGCUGGAGAGGCAGAAGCCCCUGCCCGUCGGUGUCCCAGCGCAUGGAGCCCCUUGGGCUGAGCACCAAGACCUUGAACCUAUUUUGUUUUACCUUUUUCCAAAUAACUUUUGGGAGAAAUCUCAGUAAAAUCCUGGGGGUGGGGCUGAGAGGGUGGGGGGGGGCGCUUGGGGAAAUAUGAAUUAGGGCUUAGAAUUGAUAAAAAACAUUCCUGACUAUUUUCCUUCUUAAUCAUGUGACUGGUGUGGGGUGGGUAUUGGGAGGAAGUGGAGUGGACUAAAAAUGAGGGGUUCCAGUUCAGCUCUGUAGAAAAAUGCCUUGUUUGCUUGGAUGUGGCUGGGGACUGGGACUUGGUGUCAGAUAAAAGAAACUGUCCAUCCAAAUGUGACAGAUGCAAACAGCUCCUCUGGUUCCGCAGAGCAAGCUGAGAAUCACUGUUAAUUGUUCAUAAAAACGUGCUGUCCUCAAACUAGAUUUGCUGUGGGAAGGAGGGCAGUGAGUAUGGGGAGAAGGGGCCAUGAGCGUGGGGAGCCCCACAGAGCCUAGGGAACUUUUUCAGUAUUUGAAAUAAAAAAUAAAAAGAGGACCCAUAAAAAAAACCCAACCCAGAAAUA